AUGGAUACGCGGGAAAAACUGGGGGCACAUGAGGGGGAAAAGAAGAAAAAUAGCGCGGUAGUCCCCUCGCACUCCCCCGCCUGGCAACGGGGAAAAGCGGCGCCCCGGAGCUCCGUGGCGUCUCCCGCAGCUGGGACGCCUGACCGCGUGGACAGCCAUGAACCGGUGCUGGCGAUUGCAAAAUCCCUCUUCCACCGCGGCCAACGCCAGUCACCGAAUGAUUUUCGACUCAAUUCGCUGGAGAAACGAAUGCCUGCCGAACGCGACCCGAGCAACGGGCGAAAAUCGAAGGACACGGGAGAAUUACGCAAAACGUUAAAUGGCGUUGAUUUCGUUUGACAAGAAACAGAGGAAAUCGAAACGACAGUAUAUAGCGUGAGAGAAAAAUAGUGAAACAAAACGCGAAUGAAUUAUUCGAUUGAGGUUUCGUGGGACGAGAAAACCAAUGAACAACGCCAUCACUAUUAUCACGAUCGUUAUAAUUAUUUUGUUCGUGCUGAGGAAAUGCAUCAGACGUUUUAAAAACAA